AUGGACACUCGGGUAGAGCGAGCUUGUCCAACGACGUGUUACCAGUUGUUGCCGUCGUCUGUCACAAGCACACAAAGUCCUGGAGGAAUCUGCCGUGCCGUGUCCUCGAGGACUACUUACCUACUAUCAGCGGGUGCGCCUCAAUAUGCAAGUCGAGGGGAUCAGGCGUGCCGGUACCAAAACAUGCUCUCGAGUUCCAAGCAAUUUCCAUCGGACCCGGCCACAUACUCAGCUCUGGCCCUCAAUCUUGGUUCUUAUAAAACGCCUACAAUGUCUGGUUCGACCAUGGCCAUGGCGCGAUACCCCCGCAUUUGCGACUCAUCUGCAUCCACGACAGCGGCCAGACCGACGUCUGGUGGUUUCGCAGCAGAGACAUGGCGCCGCAACAAGUGCCAAGAUCUGCACAAUCAAGGCAGCACACACACGAAACCACCAUGCAACUUUAUCUCGCAAUAUCCAAUGUCAUGUGCAUGGCGUCUGUGA